GCAGCCCGACAGCAAGUGUGUUGGCAAACUUGAUUAAACUUAGUCAAUACAAAAACACAUAUAGGAUUAAGUAAGAACUGAAUAAGUUCUUUAAGGUGCACAAAUGAUAUGUCAGUUCGGCAGUGUUUGACCACGAAAUGCGAUUAAGUACUAGCUUUCCGGUUAAGUCUGCUGUUCAAGCAAAACAAUUACUUGGCUAAUUGUUUUUUCUAUCAACUUCCUCGCAGCAGGUACCAUGUUCUUGACGCUCAUCCAGUGAGACACACCUAGAUGUUCCACACAGUCAACAAAAUCCAUAAAAGGUUGCCCGAAUUUGGAAAAAUCACAAAGGAUUUACGGCUUUACGUUUAUAAUUUAACCAAAUGACCCAAGGCUUAGGAAUAAAAGUAUGUAGUUUCUUGUGUACUUUGCGAGAGCUAAACGUCAAACGCGGAUUUUACCUACACUGGUAACUCUCAACACGGACUUAAAUAUUUAACUAAUUUAUCACCUCUGGACUGCUGUAAUUAUCGUUCUAAUCAACUUUUAGGCGACCUUAUGGGAAGUAUUUUGUUAUUCAAAUUCGAUGGACUACUCUGUCGCAAGACAAAUAUAGUUUGCCCUCCAGUUCGAUAACUUUUCAUUCUUUAGUGGAACAAGUUGAGGCAAAAUCCAAUUGAUAAGUCUUCGGGAUCAGAGGUCACGUUCUAAUCUAUAUUCGGUCAUUAUUUUUCUCUCGUUCCAAAAUACCAACUUGCAUAGUGUUUGUCAUUCGAAGCCUGGUUGGUUUAUUUAUUCCGGAGGAGCUUGUGACAAGUCGUGAAGAAUAUCUGUUAUUUUUCAUUGGCACUUUGUUUGAGAAUCAGGAUCCUGCUUCGUAAUUGUAUAAUUAAUGAUUGUUAUCAAAGUGAGAGAGGAGUAGAAAGCCAAUCACGGGCCAAGAAGAGUAACAACAACAGAGGCGCUAAAAAGUGUUUGUUGUGCAUACAUCUGAGCAUACACUCGCUACUUGACGCCGGUUUUGAAACAACCAGAAUCAUUCCUGACCUGAACUCGCACGAGUAACAACAACAUCGUCAUCAGUGCAAAGAAUAAUCCCGGCAGAAGCUGAGUUGGUAAUUUUGUAAAGAAUUCCUAGCAGCAUGGAUGCGCAAGUACCUGAUGUUCUAUUUGGUGGAGUUAUUGAUUCUGAUGAGGACAUUGCUUUGGACUCUCCGAGUGUAUUUGGAGAUGACCCAUUUAACUAUGACAUUAUGGGACCUUCUUGUCCCGCUGAUGUGUAUAUAGAGUACCUCUUUUCGAAAGGGCUAGCGGAUUCCAUCCGUGAGACCCCUCUCAUCAGCGAGGAACAGGACGAGACAAUAGAGCUAAGGAACUACCUUAUUUCAUCUGCCUUUAAUUCAUACUAUAGCAAUACCAUGGAAUUUGAGAAGACCAACAAGGACAACUUAGUUAUAUCAGCAUCAGGUCUUCUUGGACUGGAUGAUUCAAGUGAUGGGUGCUCGGUUAGUGACUCCAGUAGUGAUGUUAUGGAAAAAUUAGACUCGGCUGACUCUCUGUAUGGAUGUGAUGUGCACCUUACAGUACUAGAUAGAUCUCCGUCUUCUACCUGUAACAGUAUCCCUGGCAGUACAUCGCGUAAACAAGUCGAGAACUCUGUAAGCAACCGGGUAGAAAAGCCGGGUCGCAGGCGCGCAUCAACUCGCGAGUACAAGUGUCACUACAUUGGAUGCACCAAGGUCUAUACAAAGAGCUCGCAUUUGAAGGCGCACAUACGACGACAUACCGGAGAAAAACCCUUCGUGUGCACUUGGAAAGGCUGUAACUGGCGAUUCUCGAGAUCUGACGAACUUGCGCGCCACAAACGCUCGCACAGCGGAAUUAAACCAUUUAUUUGUGACAUCUGCGACAAGAGAUUCUCCCGCUCCGACCACCUCGCAAAACAUCGCAAGACUCAUUACCGCGUUCGAAAGAACUCCACCAGCUUCAAUGUGGUAUAAACUAUAAAUGUAUGUGUACAUAUACCAGUAUAUAUUUAGAAUUCAGAUAUUUUAUACGAAAGAAUUUAUGGAUAUACAGAAUUAUAACAGUGUAUAAAUAGUUUUUCAUAUUAUUUUUAUAAAUUGUAGGAUAUGUAUUUUUUUGUCAAUAUAUAACGAAAUAAUAUUUUCACUCAUCUAAGAAAACAUUGGGUUCGUAUGAAUUUUUCACAUGUUUUGAGAAUGGAAUUGAAUCACGAGAAAUAUCUCGUGGUUUUCGCAAACUAUAAUAUUUGUCAAACUGCUGUGCAGUGUAUAUAUUUUUAUAUAAUUAUCUAGCGUAUUGUCAUCUCUAACGAGAUAGUUAUUGCUAGUUUCGAGCUACGACGGAAAUGUCACAUCGUAAGGCGAGUGUAAGUAUAGACACAGCCAUAAAGUUCAAGGAUAUCUUGAACGUCCAAAAUGACUCAGACGAUAGGAAUCUUUAAAUUUUUUCCAGAAAUGUUAACGAAUUGAAUAUAGAGUUUCCAAACUCGCAACGUAUCUUAAGGGUUGAUUGUAACAAAAUAAGUUCGUAGAUCAGAAAUAGAAAAUAGAAAUUGUUCAAUAAAACCCUCGAUUCAUUCA